AGACCCUGCUGUUGCAUCAUGACAGUGCCACCAAGCAUGUUCACUGCCACGUUGUGAUCCUGAGAUGCUUCUGUUGUGCUGUGUUGAUACAAAAUUGUGGCAGACUAUUGUUUCCUGAACUGAAACCUGGGGCUUUUAAGAGUAUUUAUGUUAUCUUUAGGGAUAAAUACAGAAAAAAAGGGGAAUCUUUAAGGAAUGUUUGCAAGAUUGUGUAUAGGGAUAUGGCUGAAGUGGAAAGCAAACUAUUUAUUUUUUUGGUGUGAAUGACCAGAGCAUGUAGAUGAUAAUUAUCAGGAGAAACUCAAGAUCUUCCUGAUUUAACUUCAUGCGUGCCACUUUGGAUAAAUCUGAUGUUUGUGAUGCUGCUGCUGGUGUUGCACUGGAGCAUUUUGAUGCAGUUUCAGCACUAACCACAUUUAAAAGACCCGUGUUGGUUCUUCAGAAUGACUCUCUCUACUCUCAAAGACGUCCUUACACCAAUGAAGAUGAGGCCUGGAAAACUUUUCUUGAAAAUCCCCUCACAGCAGCUACCAAAGCUAUGAUGAGCAUCAAUGGGGAUGAAGACAGUGCAGCUGCCCUGGGACUGCUCUAUGAUUACUACAAGGUUCCAAGGGAGAGGAGAUCUUCAACAGCUAAGCCUGAGGUAGAACAUCCUGAACAAGACCAUAGCAAAAGGAACAGCAUCCCAAACGUUUCAGAACAGUCGCUCAUCUCUGCUGGAGAAAACAGAGUCCAGGUUCUGAAAAAUGUGCCUUUCAACAUUGUCCUUCCACAUACCCCCCAGAUGGGCAUGGACAAGCGGGGCCACCUGACCACCCCUGACACGACGGUGACGGUGUCCAUCGCCACGAUGCCCACGCACUCCAUCAAGACGGAGACGCAGCCGCACGGCUUUGCCGUGGGCAUCCCGCCGGGCGUGUACCACCCCGAGCCGCCCGAGCGCCUGGUGGUCUUCGACAGGAACCUCAACCCCGACCAGUUCAGCUCCAGCACCCAGCCUCAGAGCUCCCAGAGGCGCACGCCAGAUUCCACCUUCUCCGAGACUUUCAAGGAGGGCGUGCAAGAGGUUUUCUUUCCUACUGAACUGAAUCUCCGAAUGGCCAACAUGAAUUCAGAAGAUUAUGUUUUUGACAGCAUUUCUGGGAAUAACUUCGAAUACACUCUGGAAGCCUCCAAGUCCCUCCGACAGAAGCCUGGGGACAGCACAAUGACUUACCUGAACAAAGGUCAAUUUUACCCAAUCACGCUGAAAGAAGUCAGCAGCACUGAAGGAAUCCAUCACCCCAUCAGUAAAGUCCGAAGUGUCAUUAUGGUUGUGUUUGCUGAAGACAAAACAAGGGAAGAUCAGCUCAGGCACUGGAAAUACUGGCACUCAAGACAGCACACAGCCAAACAAAGAUGCAUUGACAUAGCUGACUACAAGGAAAGCUUCAACACCAUCAGCAACAUUGAGGAGAUUGCCUACAAUGCCAUAUCCUUCACCUGGGACAUCAACGAGGAAGCAAAGGUUUUCAUUUCUGUGAACUGCCUCAGCACAGAUUUUUCCUCUCAGAAGGGAGUUAAAGGUCUGCCCCUGAAUCUUCAGAUUGACACUUACAGCUACAAUAACAGGAGUAACAAACCUGUCCACAGAGCCUACUGCCAAAUUAAAGUCUUCUGUGACAAGGGAGCAGAGAGGAAGAUCAGGGAUGAAGAGCGAAAGCAAAGCAAAAGAAAAGGCAAGUGCACUGAUCCCAGCUCUCAGUUGAAUGCCUUUUCUGAUGUCAAAGUGCCCAUGCUUCCCUCCCACAAGCGUACUGACAUCACCGUCUUCAAGCCCUUCAUGGACCUGGACACUCAGCCUGUGCUGUUCAUCCCUGAUGUUCACUUUGCAAACCUGCAGCGUGGGGCUCACGUCCUUCCUGUUGCUUCAGAAGAACUAGAAGGUGAAAGCUCCAACCUGAAGAGAGGAGGUUAUAUUGGUGAAGAGGACUUUAUUGCUACUCCUAAUAAGAUGGCCAGAAUAGAAGAACCAAAAAGAGUGCUGCUGUAUGUCCGAAAAGAGUCAGAGGAAGUCUUUGAUGCCCUGAUGUUAAAGACACCAUCUCUGAAAGGCCUAAUGGAAGCGAUAUCUGACAAAUAUGAAGUUCCUUUUGAUAAAAUAGGAAAAAUCUUCAAAAAAUGUAAAAAAGGAAUUCUGGUCAACAUGGAUGAUAACAUUGUGAAACACUAUUCUAAUGAAGAUACCUUCCAGCUGCAGAUUGAAGAGGUUGGAGGAUCUUACAAGCUCACUUUGACUGAGAUCUAAAAUCACAGAUCACUGUGGAUUUUAAACAAAGGUCUCAAGUGAACAUUUUCACAUAAUUCAGUAUGUUGGGCAAAACACUAAUCACCUCCAGAAGAAAGCCAGAUGUUUGACUUGUUCUGGGGAGCAGAGCAGUGGUUUUGCUUAAUACAUUCGUGUUUGUGUUCUUGCUCAUGACCUUAUUUGCACUUGAAAUGGGCAAGCAAAGAUCAGCAAUUAAAUGGAGAGCAUGUAUAUAUUUUUACUAGUGUAUAAACCACUAGUAGGUAUGGGAGGGGAAAUCUCCUGGAAGGUGGCCUUUUAGACUGGUGAUGUCUUAUUUAUCUAUUCAGUAACCAUGUUUGAGCCUGUUUUCACCUAAUGCCGUUUUACUGGACUGUUUUCUGCUAGGGAGAGCUGCAAAACUACUAAUUGAUACUAGUAGGAGUUGCAUGCAGGUUGGAGAAAAGUCUAUAAUGUUUACUUGUGACCAGGGCAGACUGUUGAAAUCACUUGUGUCGUUUGGGGGGAAUGUAAAACUGCCUUGCUUAUGAAGAACUCGCCUUAAUAACUGUGUGAACUCUCAUCAGAUGAAGCUAUAUUGUAUAUAAGUGCAAUAUAUUUUUGAAGGUUUGUAAAUGUGUACAUAUAAGCAAUAUAUAAUAUAUAUAAAAUAUGGUGUUCUGUAUAUACCGUGAAUAUAUGCAAUGAAGCCCAUCUAAAAGGAUGCCAUAUACAGAGAAAACAUAUUUAACAUAGAUAUUUAAAAAUGGACAAACCCUUAUCAUGCACCAAAGGUGAGCACACAUUUGUACAUUCAUAGAAGGCACAAGAGACCUGCUAGUUAAACAUGGAUAUCUUCCUAUGUAGAAGGAAAAAUAUACCAGCUCUCUCCUAAAUCCUCAUGCACAGACAGGUGGUGGAAGUCCUGGUUUUUGUUAUGAACUGCCACUAAGUCCUGAACCAGCUGUGUACUGCUGUCCUGGGAGGCAAUUUGGGCCAAGUCUGAGAGCUGGUUCACAAGAGGAGCUGGGCAGAUGCAGUUCUCUUGAAGUCUUUUGUUUGGAGGUCAGAAAGAAGGUCUCCUGGAGGGUGGAUUUUUUUCUGUAGCAGUGCACUUAAGGCUCAGCUGGAUGCUGCCUGCACCAGCAGCUCAGGCUGGAUGAAGCCAUGGGCUAGAUGGAGCCAGCUUGCAAGGCCUAGGAUGUCAACAUCUGGAAAUGCACAAGCAAGGCUUUUGAGAGGGGAAGGUGGCAGGAUGGCUCAGCAGGCCAGGUGUUAGCAGGGAGUAGGGCCUCCAAAUAGGUUAUGCAUUCUUGGUGUCUGUACAUACCAUGGGCCCAGUGCUGAGCUGGAGAGACCCAAUGGGCACAGCAGGCAUCCUGAGCCCCAGCUGGGAGUGCCAGACACCUCCAAAAAGUACUGCCCUGUGCUAUUUACUCAUCAUGUGCAUGUACCUAUGAAGGAAAGGCACUCUUUGGUUAAUAGCAAGUGAGAGAGGAGCACUUAAAGGGCAGCACUAAGGCAAAAACCUCUGUUACAUAGUGAGCAGGUGAACAUGAGUGACAGGUCCAGUGUCAGAGCUUUAGUUAGGGAUCUGGGUUAGGAAAGAGGUUUAUAACAUUUUCAGACAGUACAGAGUUGCACAUACCUCACCUAGAACAUGAAGGUCAACCUGGAAAGACUGGAGAAAUAGUCCGGAAAAGUAGCAUGUGAUCUUACUUAAAAAUUAAUGAUUCUACUUAAUGGUUAACAAAUUGUAACCUACUAUUGUUUAGCUCUGUCACAGUGCUGUUGGGAAGAGGGAGGCAAAUGCCACGUUGAGUUGAUCAACAGGAGCAUGACCUGCAGGAAAUAGGAGACCUCUCCCCUUUGGCUGUGCUUGGCAUCGCUGGGGCUCCCCUGGAGCACAGGCCAGACCAUGUGGCACUUCAGCCAGAGCUCGUGGCUUCUGAGGAGGAAGGCCAGCAUGAUCUGGCUGGUGAGGGGUCAUGUUCAGAUGGGAUCGUUGAUGGGAGCAGCCUCCCAACCCAUGGACAUGUCCUUUCCAUCCAUGGCAAGCACAGGGAGCAGUGGGUGUAAACCACAGAAAUUUGGGCUGGGUUUUGAGGCAGUUUUCUCUAGUGAGAAGAGCAGGUUGCCCAUGGAGGCAGUGGUUUGGCAUCAAAGGUCUUCAGAGCCAGGCUGAGCAAAGGUGUCUCUGGACUGUUCUAGGUGUAAUUGAUUUCUCCAUUGGUGGUGCGUCCAGGUGACCACUUGAAGUCCCUCCCCACCUUCUUUUUUAGUGAUUUAUAUAAAAUACAGUAUUUUGGAAUUUGUAUUUGCAUCAGUUGUGAGCUGGUUCAUUCUAUUCUCCCUUCCUUCCUUCUCCACCUUCACUGAUGGGCCCCAACAGAGGGGUGGUGAUGCUCUGGUCACUGCAUGCUGUGUGGCUGGAGUUGGGCAAACUGCACACAGACUGUGGCCCUGUGGCCAGAGCAGGUGGGCUCGAGGCUGAAGGAGAGAGGCUGAUGUGCAGCAGGAUGCUGAAGGGACCUGGCCAGCAGCUGCCCCCUGCACAGGAGUGCACAGUGGCAGAGCACCACAGGACCUGUGCCCAGGCAGCACCAACCUCCUGCCUGGGCCUCCCUCCCACAGCCCCGGGAAUCGUUUUACUAUGGCAAGGGAAGAUUUUUUAAAAGCCUGAUAUAUAGAAUACAUAUAUAUAUAUAUUUACACAUUUUUAUUGAAAAUGGAAGUUUUAUUAUGGAAACUUGGUCUAGGGUCAGGGAAGUAGAUUUAGAGUCUCCAUAGAGGUAAGAUUGACAUGAAUGUUAUUUCUUUUUACUGCUUAAUGAAGUAUGUGAACUAAAUCUGACGAUUGUUUUCCACUAUAAGAUAUUCUGGGACACGGGUCUUAUAACAGUAGCAGCAAUGUCAUGUAUGUUUUAUGAAACUGAUUUUUUUUUUUUGCCUGCUGUUUUUUAAUUGAAAAUGUAUUUUAA